UGACGAACAAGCCUACAUUUGACAACGUGACACAAUUACAUCCUCAGCUGUUCUUCGAGAAAAACGAACGCUCUCUCACCCUCCACCAGUAGAGUAGAGAGGAAGGCAAUUUCUUGUUCUUCCUAUUUUUAUUUUUAUUUUUGUUAAUCAAUCUACGUAGUUUUGCUUCGUUUUCCCCCAUUCUCAUUUCACACGCAAAAUCCACAUCAGCAAGCCAGCUUUUUAGCUUGAUUUUUCUCUUUUGGUCAACCCCUUUGCGUUCACAAGCAAAGGUGUCAAAUUCCAGGCGCUUCUGCAUAUUAAGUAGAAGAAGACAAAGCCCAAGUUGAUCUCACCGCGUUGAGGCACCGACUGACAAAUCCAAACUUAGAAGAGAUCAGCUUGGAAUUGGUCAUUGCCAGUGUAAUCUUUGAUUUUUCUUCUUGGAGAGGAUAAUAUUGGAAACUUUUAAAGUGUCUAUGAGCAUUUGUGCAUGUAAUUGGCUGUGCUAAUCUUUAGUUUCUUGGAGCUGAGUUUAUUUGGAAGAAGAAGAAGAAGAAGAUGGUUGGGACUUCUGAUGCAGUGACCCAUGAUGUCUACUCAAAUGGGUUGAUUCACCACUCAAAUGAAUCUGUUGAGGAGAAGCUUGAUGAGCUUCGACGUCUAAUGGGCAAAACAGAAGGUGAUCCACUUAGGAUAGUUGGUGUUGGUGCUGGUGCUUGGGGAAGUGUCUUUGCUGCUAUGUUGCAAGAUAGUUAUGGCCACUUUAGAGAGCAGGUCCAAAUAAGAAUAUGGAGACGACCAGGAAGAUCUGUUGACAGAGCCACAGCAGAACAUUUAUUUGAAGUGAUCAAUUCAAGGGAAGAUGUGCUGAGGAGACUGAUUAGGCGGUGUGCUUACUUGAAGUAUGUUGAGGCAAGAUUAGGUGAUCGGACGCUUUAUGCAGAUGAGUUACUGAAGGAUGGGUUUUGCAUCAAUAUGAUUGACACCCCUCUUUGCCCUUUGAAGGUUGUCACAAAUUUGCAGGAGGCUGUGUGGGAUGCUGACAUUGUGGUGAAUGGGCUGCCAUCAACAGAAACUCGUGUGGUAUUUGAAGAAAUUAGUAGGUACUGGAAAGAGAGAGUAACAAUGCCAGUCAUCAUCUCUCUUUCAAAAGGUGUUGAGGCUGAAUUGGAGCCUGAACCACGCAUAAUUACUCCCACUCAAAUUAUCAAUCGAGCAACUGGUGUUCCAAAUGAGAACAUUCUCUACCUUGGAGGACCCAAUAUUGCCUCAGAGAUUUACAACAAUGAAUACGCUAAUGCUCGCAUAUGCGGAUCUGAAAAGUGGAGAAAGCCAUUGGCCAAGUUUUUAAGGCAGCCCCACUUCAUCGUGUGGGACAAUGGUGACCUUGUUACUCAUGAAGUUAUGGGCGGAUUGAAGAAUGUGUAUGCCAUUGGAGCUGGAAUGGUAGCUGCGUUAACCAAUGAGAGCGCCACCAGCAAAUCAGUAUACUUUGCACAUUGUACAUCAGAGAUGAUAUUUAUCACCCAUUUGUUGGCUGAAGAACCAGAGAGGCUGGCAGGGCCUUUGUUGGCUGACACAUAUGUAACCUUACUGAAAGGUCGUAAUGCAUGGUAUGGACAAAAGCUGGCCAAAGGGGAGUUAACCCUUGAAAUGGGUGAUAGCAUCAAGGGCAAGGGUAUGAUUCAGGGGGUCUCUGCUGUAAAAGCAUUUUUUGAGCUGCUAAGUCAUCCCUCUUUAAGUAUCCUACAUCCUGAAGAGAACGAACCCAUUGCUCCAGUUGAGCUUUGCCCUAUCUUGAAGAUGCUAUAUAGAAUACUUAUAAUAAGGGAGUUUCCACCACAGGCUAUUCUUCAAGCGUUAAGGGAUGAGACCAUGAAUGACCCUCGGGAUCGUAUUGCGAUCGCACAAACCCAUGCUUUUUACAGGCCAUCCCUUCUUGGCCAGAAGUUUUGAUGUGGAUAUCUCUCUCUUUUGCAUGUAAUUUUAUUAGUUCUCAAGUGAGUGACAAGAUGUGUUGGUAUUGUAGUUUUAUGUAGCAUUCUACUUGUGGGGGAUAAUGUAUUAGGAGAACGCUUGGGCAUCAGAUGGUUUCUUUAAUUGUGUAUUGUUUAGUAGAAAAUUUAGAAAUCGAUGGGGACACGAGGUCUCCAUUCGCAUACCACCCUAUUUCGUUUCUCCCAGAUUCGAAAUAGGCUAUUUAACUUAAUUUUUUUUAUUUUUAAAUGGGUUAGUUUCUAGUUCUUUUUAUAUGCACUUGUUUAAGAUUUUAGUUGUGGCCCAGAACUCCAAAUAUCUCCAAGUUUUUCUCAUUCUCUGAUU